UGAUGGCCAGUGUUUACCGGUGCGGCGUGCGAUUUCACUUGGGCUUUCAAUGAUUUUCAAAAAUAAUUCAUAACAAUUGCUUGACAUAUUCAGUAAAUAUUAUGUUGUCACUUAUAAAAAAACCCGCAAAGUUUUUGUCCAUUCGGUUGGCUUCGUUUAAUAGAGUGGCAUUGAGGUACUAUGCCAAAGUUGAUAAGGCGAAUGACAAAAAAUACACAAGUACAGUGUUAUUACCACAGACAAAAUUCCCUCUGAGAUUGAAUGGAGCUCAGAGAGUGGAAAUGGAUAAUUAUUUGUUGGAGAAAUGCGGCUUCUCCGAGCUAUACAGCUGGCAAAGAUCGCACCUCCCGCCCCCGGACUUCACCCUGCACGACGGUCCCCCCUACGCCAACGGUGCCCCGCACAUGGGUCACGCGGUGAACAAAAUCCUCAAAGACAUCACCCUCCGCAGCCGGGUGAUCCGUGGGGAACGCGUCCACUACGUCCCCGGCUGGGACUGCCACGGUCUCCCCAUAGAACUCAAAGCCCUCUCCACCUCGAAAAACCGCACCCCCCUCGCCCCCCAAGAGCUCCGUACCCUGGCGCGUGGCUACGCGCAACAAGAGCUCGAAAAGCAAAAGAAAGCCUUCACCUCCUGGGGAGUAAUGGCGGACUGGGCCUCCGGGUGCUACUUCACCCACGAGAAAUCCUACAUAAACAACCAACUCCACCAGUUUUUGAGGCUCUACUCAAAGAACCUCAUCUUCCGGGAUUUUAAGCCCGUCUACUGGUCCCCCUCGUCGAAAACGGCAUUGGCAGAGUCAGAGCUGGUGUACAACGACAACCACAAGAGCAUAUGUGCGACCGUCCGCCUAUUGCUCACAAAGCUCCCCCCAGUCCUCGAGCAAUUCUCCAACAAAGAGAUCUACGCUCUGACCUGGACGACGACUCCCUGGACGUUGGCCUCCAACCAGGCCCUGAGUUACUCCGCAGACAUUCCCUACUGUUUGUCAACAGACCCUGAAGGAACCCUCUACAUAACCUCGGAGACGCUCCUCCCCUCGGUCUCCGAAAAGUUCGGACCCCUCGAAAAGGUUCUCACCCUCUCCGGAGAGGACUUAAAGCUCUCGGAAUACUCCCACCCAAUCGGGAAACACUCUCUCCCCUUCCUGGAGUCUCCCCACGUGACGGAUAAAGUCGGAACAGGAAUCGUCCACACAGCCCCCGCCCACGGGAACGAGGACUUCCUGGUGUGCCUAGCCCACAAUAUUCCCGUCAAGUCCCUAGUCGAUGAAGAAGGAAAGUUCAACGAAGACGCCGGGGAGUUCCAGGGGCUGGAGGUCUUGAGGGCUGGCACCUCAGCUGUGUUGACCCGCCUGGCGGACGACGUCCUUCACACAGAGGAGAUUGUUCACAGCUAUCCUUACGACUGGAGAACAAAGAAACCCGUGAUCACCAGGGCCAGCCACCAGUGGUUCAUCAACACCGAAGCCCUCAAAGAGAAAGCUCUCGAGUCCGUAGAGACCACCAAGUUCUUCCCGAAGACGAAGGAGAGUGUCUUCAUGAACAGCUUGCGUCAGCAGAUCUCGAGGAGACCCUUCUGGUGCAUCUCCAGACAGAGGUCUUGGGGCACUCCCAUUCCAGUGUUUUACGAUAGACGAACGGGGGACGUAGUUGUCAACGAAGAGAUCGUGGAGAGGGUUUGCGAGGUCUUCCAAGAGCAGGGGGACGACUCCUGGUGGGCGCUUACCGUUGAGGAACUCCUGGGAAAGGUUAUCUUGAAGAAAUACAGGUUGAACCCAGAGGAUUUGGAGAAAGGGCGGGACAUCAUGGACAUCUGGUUCGAUUCUGGCAUCUCGUGGUCUUCAGUCUUGCCUACGAAAUCCGCUGAUCUCUACCUCGAGGGGAUGGACCAGUUCAACGGGUGGUUCCACUCGUCUCUGAUCACCUCUGUUGCGAUCCAGGGGAAGGCGCCUUUCGCUUCCAUCUUCGUUCACGGGUUUACGGUGGACAAGAGUGGGCAGAAGAUGUCGAAGUCUUUGGGGAAUGUUAUCAGCCCUGAGGACAUCAUCAAGGGGAGGAAGAGUGAGGCGAACGCUCUGGGAACUGACGUUCUGAGGUGGUGGGUAGCCAGUCACGGGGUGCAGCAUACCCAGAUCCCGAUCGGCGAAGGGAUCUUCAAGGAAAGCGCCGAGAGCGUUCAGAGGAUCAGGGCUAUUCUGAGGUUCCUACUGGGGGCACUUCAUGAAGAGGUUUCUGGUGGGGCUGAGGUCAAGGCUGAAUACCUCCUCCUGGACAGGUUCAUGCUGCACAAGCUCUAUCACUUUAAUAGAGAGGUGCAGAGCCUCUAUGAUGACUUUCAGUAUCAUCACGUGGCGAAGACUGUUCUUAACUUUGUCAGCAAUGAUGUGUCUGCGGUGUAUUGUUCCUUGGUGAAAGACAGGUUGUACUGCGAGAGAGGGAACAGCCCUGUGAGGAUCGGCGCUGUGGAUGUUGUUGAUGAUAUUCUGACGGUCGUCACCAGGGCGGUGGCUCCUAUCCUGCCGUUUCUGGCUGAGGAGGUGUGGCUGCAUCAUCCGGAGAAUUUGACGUCUGUGAGCUUGUAUAGGUCGACGCCUUGUGACCCUCCGGGGGAGUGGGACGAUGCGGAGGUGGAGAGGGUCGUUGGAGCGGCCUUGGCGGUUAGGGGAUGGGUGAAUAAGGCUGUCAGCGGGAAUAGUCUGGUGAUGGAGGGGACCGUUACGGUUGGCGCGGAGGACUUCAGGAAUCUAUCGAAACUUCAGAAUGAAAGAACAUCAACUACAUCUGAAUUAUCCAACAUUCUACAGCUCUCGUCAGUCACUCUAAUUGAAGAUCCCUCAUGCACAUCUCCCAAGAUUGACGUUAAACCGAUUGAAUAUUCACUGUGCAAACGAUGCAGAAAAUACCCAGAAUCCAGUGAAGGCGAACCGUGCAUCCGGUGCAGACAAAUUGUGGAUGUUCAUUCGACUACGUGAUUAA